GGAAUUUUCUUGAUGUCGUCGUAUCGAAUGAUACGCGGUAAACAUUUUAAAAACGCGUGGCAAGUUGUAGAAAACGAAGAAACUGGUCAAUCGGGGUUCGAUAAACGGAUCGCAGGACCCUUUUACGCUUUGACGAGUGCCAAUCAUUUUGACUGAUAUUGGCAUGAGCAGCCUCGAUGCAAAAUUAUUUUGAGUUUGAAUACAUAAAAAACAAAUUAAAAUUCAUUAUAUCAUUCUUUUAGUUAUCGUUGCGAAAGUCAUUACAUUAUUGCGGAAAAGAGAUAUAACACGAAGUAGGAAUUUCAAAAUAAAAUUGUAAAAUCUGUCGAUUUGACUGGUGUGGUAGUUGCACUGUUAAAGAGACGUACACGUCGUUACACGUAACGUGUUCUUCAGUCUCGUUGUCCCGCUCUUCCUGUUCAAACUUCUAUCGAUGUACAGCUACACAAAAUUGUACGAACCGAGGCCAGGUUUUGAUAUUCGAUGGGACGCGUUCGAUCGUUUUAGUUUCGGUAAAUUAGCAAAAACGACAAUUUUUAUUUCGUCGUAUUCUGGUAUUUUAAAAAUGUGUCGCGCCGGAUUCGCCUAUCGCGAUUAGAUCGAGUUCGUAUACGAAGAAUACCACGAAGGAAUAUGAUAGCGUAUUAAGCGAAAGAAAAUUCGAUUUCCACUUAAACAUAAUUUAUUACAAUCGAUUCAUCUUCGUUUGUUCGAUGUUUCCAAGAUCACUUUGUUACCUAUCGCUAGUAUAGGAUCUUUAAUUAGUUUAUCUAAAAUAAAUCGAUUAAACAGGAAACGAUGGUUGUUUAACGUGAACACAAUAACGUAUUAUAAUUAACACAACUAGAUAGUUAAUUAUCAACGGAUCCAACACUCUUUCACUUCUCAACCAACUCACUGACUAUUAAUUCGUCUUUGUCCCUUAGCAUCCCUUUGUCCUUUGUCUUAGCCUCAUCAUGUACGUGUUUCGUAACCGCUCAUGGCCAGGGUCACGCAGAUCUUCUCCACGAAACUAUUCGAUCGAAGGACCGACGAUACAUCGUUGUGUCUGUCGGCGCUUUGGUUUUGUCGCUACAUUGUUUACGGUUCACCCGGUAUUUCUCAGGCCAUUUGUCCACGAUACUACGAUAAUUUAUUAUAAUCGAUUUAUCCUCGUUCGUUCGAUGUUUCCAAGAUCACUUUGUUACCUAUCGCUAGCUUGUUCGUUAUUACGGAGAAAAGUGGCUGCUCUUCCUACCGAGAACCGUCUCACCGUUGUUUAUUGGGACCCGUUCUUGGCUUACGAGUUGUUUAAAAAUGUCUCGAUUCUUGGAUAUCUAUUGUUAGCUUAUCCGUUAUUACACGCCGGGACUGGUUUCCACUCGAGCUGUGUAACGGUUCUGUCGUUGCAUAAUCGAAUAUAUUUCUAAAUUUGGAAAUUGCUCGAAACGUAUCGAGAUAUUCUACGACGCUUGUCGCGUUGAUCGGUUUUGCCGAACCACGUUCUAAAUAAGCCUCUCAUCGACGUUGAAAUAUAUCGAGUUUUUCCUUAUUUCGUUAUUAUUUCCCUACGUCAUAAGGAAGACGAACGUUGGCGUGUCAGCGGAAGAUGAUUUACGAGUAUCGUCGAUUCCGAGGAAGGAAGGAGGAAUUCUGACGGUUUUGAAAAGUCGGCAAUUAUCGUCAGCGAUACGUGCGAAGAUUUUCUAUUUUCUGAUCUUCGUGCGGAAAACGAGAAUUUUUCCAUCGAAACGAAUUCUCGUUUCUAAGAAUAUUUUUAAACGAGAUGUUUCACAGGCUAUUUUCCAAGACGUAUCGCAGUCAUUCGACGUAGGAGACAUAGAAAUAUUUUUAAACGGCGGAAAACAACUACUCGCGAAACAUCGAGUAAGAUAUUAUUCCUAUUAUACCGUGUUAUUUCGGUUUUAUAAGCGGUAAUGGUAUAAGGUUUCCAGAUAUAUACGAGUUUUCGGUGCUCUACUAUUUUCGAUUCGCGUCCGUUUCGUAAACAGCCCGACCUCACAUAGGCAAAACGGUGUGUCUCGGACGGUUAGCGUGGCUGAUCUGUUGGCAGCACUCAGGAUGGUCGAUUUUUUGCUCUCAUUUAUCCGGUUGUUGCACAGCCACCGCGCGACCAUGUAAUUUUCUGGUCAAGCCAACAAACAGUUACAAUGUUCUCUGCUAUUUGUAGAUUAACUUGUUUGCGCGUAAGGAAUUCGAGUAAAUACUCGACUUGCUUUCGCUUCUUUAUACCGUAACGUUAACUUUUAUUAAUCGACCAUUCAAUUAGCCCGCCGAUUGUCGCUUGAAUUUUUUACUCUACGAUUAUUAUUAUUCUUUUAUUAUUUCACUCAACGAUUACCAACGAGUUGCGGCAAUUUCGUAUUCCGCAACUUCCGAUGCGACGAUGUUCCAUCCGGAUGGUUCGCAAUUUUUUAACUCGUCCAGCCUGUCUUACUUUCGAAUAAUUCCAAAGGAUUCGGCAAAAUCGAAUUUCAGUGGCAUUCGACGCGUUAGUCGAAAGAUCGACCGUCGUUAUGAUCGAUCGAUCGACGGAUCGACGAGCUUCGAAGCACGUUGCGUCAACGAAUUACGCGAGAGUGGAGCGUGGAACGCGGCGAGAGAAGGAGGAAAGAAGGGAAAAAGAAAGGAGACGAGAGAAGCGGAAAAAGAAGAUCCUGGUUGCACUCGGCUCGAUUCUUCCCUGCUGGUUCACGGGGUUAAAUAUACCCUCGUGUUUGCAUCAUACGCAUUCGCGAAACCGAACAACGCAGAGGAGAGGGGGAAGGGAUAACGCGUUAAGGUAGAGACGAGAAGGUAAUAUUAUACGCAUAUGGGAAUAGACGGGAGAGCGGGUAAUCUGGAAAAAUAAUGAACGAACGCGAGCAAAAAUAAACGUGGAAAAGGAAACGGGGUGAAUUCGCGAAUAUCGAAUAUCACGGAUCUAUGCGAAGGCAACGAAAUUGUCAACUCCGAAAAGAUCGAACGAUCGCGUUUUUAAUCGACGAAACCUAUCGUUUUCGUCGACGAACAGUUUCAAAGGUUUUCGAAGAAACGCGACUGCUUUGUUGCGCGUAAAACGACGCCGUUUUCAAACGCCGCUGCUUCUGUAAUUAAAGAUCGGGCGAAAUUGGAACGACUAAAAACGUUGUUGGGAAAUACAAAGACAAAGUGGAUGGAUCGGACGAGGAAGGUUUAUCGAACGUAAUACGACCGUACGAGGGGGCACUAUGCAGACCGAGGAAAUCGUGUCUCGCGCGCAAUCUACUGGUAUAGACGGUGGCCCCACGGACGACGCUUCUCCGCACCAUCAUCCGCAUCGUACGUCGCGUGUAAAGUGUCCGCUGCCACCUCUGCUCCACAUGGCGGUCAAGCAGGAGCCACAGGAGGAGGAGGAACGAAGUCGUGACACGAAUGCGUUGAGUCCUCAAGUAGAUGCAGACGUUUCGCCGACGUCCGUCGAUGGCAAACACGGACAUGGACACGAAACCAGCCAUCAUCAGAUUCAAGAACUGGAGGAAAGCGCAGGACAGACUGUUACGGAUCUCAAUAGCCGAGGAAGGCCGAGCCGAGGCCGCAGGAAGUCGCGAUGGAAGCUCAAGUUUCAUCACCAGGCGCUGCCACCGGAGUACCUUGACCACUACGAGGCGUCCCUUGCUCAAGAGGCUUUAAACUCGUCGCCGACGCGGCUAACGGAACCGACGAUUCCGAGCCCGGCGCCAACCAGCUCCACCUCGACGCCGAGUCCCAUCGCCGACGUGCACGGCUGGCUGCAGCGGAUCGCCGCGAUGCAACAAGAGCUGUGUCCGCGGAUCUCGUCGUCGCAAUGCUCGCCCGUAAAUUCGUGCCAAGCGUCGGGCUCCAGGAGGUCGGUGAUCACGUCCACCUCCACGCACGCGUUGAACGCGGGCCACCAUAAUCAUAACCACGGUCACGGUCAGCAGCAACAGCCGCUGUCUCAAGGAACCGGCAGGCCGCCGAUGAAAUACUCGGAUCUGCCUUACAUGGGCGAGAUCACGCUGGACAACAGCAAGCCGCGACGCGGUAGGAAACCGAAGAAAGCCGACAUUUGCCAUUUGAUCUACAAGAAUUACGGCACCAUACUACCCGGCACUCCUGGCCACGAGGAGAGAAGGCUGUCGCCGAGGGACAAGCUGGACUGCCGCGAGAGGAUCUCGCCGCAGAUGCCGUUCCAACGAACCGACGUUCAGAAUAGAAUCAGUAGCCUGUUGGAGAAACGAUUGACCCAGGAGUCUCGACGAAGCUUCGGCGCGAUGGAAAACUCGAGGGAGCAGGACGAGCCGUUGAAUCUCUGCAUCAGAGACUUGAACCAGCUGAAAAUCAGGCUACUGCGAAAACACGGCAACGUGUACGAGUCCGGGCAGGUGAAGAGCGAGACGUCCAGCGACGGAGAAGAGAUCGAGUGUAUAGGCGCCACGUUCCCUUCGGAACCGGGCUACCGUUCGCUGGAUCAUCUCGGUCACACCACCGGCAACAACGUCAAUCACAACAACAACGUGAUCGAGCCGGUGUUGGGUGGCAAUCCCGGAUUCGUGUACUGGCCGAACGCCGGAGUCUUUAUCCAUCCGAUGGCGUUGCAAUCGCAGCUACUCUACUACCAAAAGAUGGCACAGAACGACAAAUGUUAUCCCCGAGGUUUGGACCAGCAUCCGAAGGAGCAGAAGAUCGUCCCUAAAUCGAUAUACUCUAUGAUGGAGACGAAGAGUCCGCCUCUGUUGCCAGCCGCGGUCCAACCAGCCUCUCAAACGUCCACCGUGCCGCCUCCUGUCUCGCCCAGACCGAAGAGGAACGCGUCCGUGGUUCAAGCCCAGGGACAGCCGACGAAGAGGAAACGAUCCGCCAUAUUCAUCCCGCCCAUGCCAUCGGAGAACAACAACAAUCCAGCGACGGAAGUGAGCAUAUGCAAAUUUAAAUUCACCGGAGGUGCGAAGCCCAGUCUACAGGAGAAGAAGAGCCUGUCGGUGGAUUCAGGUGGCAACUUUAGAUACUACAGCGGCACCGGGGACAAAAGUAUGCGCGGCUACGAGUUCUUUCCGCGAGAAGCGCUUCAACAGUCGGCAGGGCAAUCGGGUUCCUCGACGGGAGCUUUCCUGAACGCCGCCGGCGAGAGGAUUCAGCCGACAGCCUGCCAGAGGAGCGGCAAUCAGGAGGAAGGUCGCCGCAAGAGGAAGACUCGAAAGUCUCUACAGAGGGAGAAGCUGGAGCAAACGUUCAAGGAGAAAGGAUUUCUCAUACAGACGCAGCAGCUGGAGUCAGCCGAGGGCGCUACUUACUGCAAGUUCCGGCAGCUUAGGAAAUUCACCAGGUAUCUGUUUAGAAGCUGGAAGGACUAUCUUCCGGGGAAUGUGCGCGAGCUGACGGGUGCGCCGGACAACGAAAUGGCCGACGGAGACGCGGAGAGCGACACGAACGUGUUACCCUCGCCGGUCCCUCGUCCCAAUAUGGUGGACGUUCCGGCUGGCUUCGUCGACGAGCAUCGCGCUCUGCCUCUGACGUGAAACGUUGAAAUUGCUCCCCGAGGCGGUCGGACGAUUCCAACUUGACGCUACUUUUGCCACGGUUGCGUGCCGCGUUCCGGCUCUGCGGAGUACGCGACGCUUCCCGAUGUCCAGCGGAUAUCGAUCGGUUCAACGAUCGUUCUUUUUCUUGCCAGUGCUCGAAGCGAAGAACGGCCAGCAUAUUGUACAUAGAUCUUGAAGGACGACGGUAGAGCGGUUCUGUGGCGAUCGAUCUCGAUGUAAAGAACAGCCAAAUGGUCGAGAGGAGUUCUUCCUCCGAGCGAGUUUCGUAUGUCCGUGUUUCGUAUCCGAUGAUCGCGCAAAGUAUCAGCUAACGAAACGAAACUUUGGUGAACGAUAAACCGCGUAUUGCAGGAUGAUAUUCCUUAAGCCGUGAAACAUGUAACGAUACGUUGCCGAUGAGCUUUGGCUGGCGGAAAUGUAACAAGAAUUAAAAGCGGAAGAAACGUUUAGAUCCCAAGGAGGAAAUCGAUCUUCGAAAUUAACGGAUAGGAAAAUGUCUGCGAUUGUAAAACGCGAUUGUUAAAUCUACUCGAAGCAGGUGAACGUUGCUGGUCGCCUAAUUCAUCGAGUUUGUUGGUUCAGCAACGUCUCCUUUUCGUUUCUCCUGCAUUUUCUAGCCAUUCGUCGAUCACGCAUCACUCUGUAUCGCAAUGCCUGUUACAAGUCUCGAUCGUUGUUGCUAACAUCAUAGCGUUUAUUGCAUUCGUCGCUGUUAAACUGCCUUGUUACGGUGUUUUUAAGAAACCUAAUUAGCGCACAGUAAAAAUAGCCAAUCGAUUAGGAUUUAGAGCGCGGUUUUAACGCGUUAACCUGUUACACGAUUCUCCUAAUAAUUCGUCUCUCAGGUUACCGAUGUUUUCAAUGUUCAUCCGCCUUUCGCUUGAUUAUGCUUGUUUCAAAUUAUCUAAAAGUCAUUGGUCGAUUCUUCGAUGAAUCGUCGCCGGACGAUUUAGCGUUUGGAAAAUCGAGAACGCGGUUGCGUACGUUCGCGAUAUUCAAAAGACUCGAUCGACGUCGUCUCUUCUUCAUCGAAUUUAUGAUCUUGGCUAAAGAAGUUGCCGAUUAAGAAACGUAACAAAGGUAACAGGUUAAACGCGAAAGACAAUCGCGUGGCUUUCACUCUGCGCUCGCGAUCAACGACAGCUGACUGUUAACGUCACGGCGGUUCGGUAUGGAGACUUUGUGGCAGUUCUCGCGGCUGUUGAAAACUUCCUCUAUCAAACUUUCCCUUUGUAUCUUUUUCUUAUCGAAGGACGACGCGCGCGUUGCUAAAUAUCGCACACGGAUAUCGAGAUUUCGUUGCUACCGCCUUACGCCAAGGCGGAGAGAAAGAGCGAGAGCGCAAGAGAGAAGAGACAGCGGCGUGGUAUCGUCGCGUAACGUGAUUUAAUAAUAAUGUUAAUUCGAUCGUAGCUCGUGCCAAAGAUGGGAGACUGGAAUGUACAUAGCGCUGAAAGAACGUGUUUGUCGUAGUUAACCAAAGAGCGUGGUUUCGUGCUCGCCGAUUAGAAGCGGAUUAGAAGCGGAUUAGAAGCGGAUGUAAUCUUCGUGUUAAGAAACGAGAGGCGUGACGCGAUAAAUUCAGCUUUCUAGCUGCCCCGACCAUGGCCGAGGCGAGACUUUCUUCUUCGGCUUUCGAUUUUGCGAUACGUUUCGCGAGGCUUGUACGCUUCCAGGAACAGACAGCAAGAACGAGAGGCAAUGAGAUCGGGCAAAGAAGAGAAUAAAUAUACGUAGGUUGAGAGAGAGAGAGAGCGAGACUCGGGAUGGGGAAUAAUCUCGAAGGAAGAAACAGAAUAACGAGAACGAGAGUGAAAGAAGAGGAAACGGGAAAGCCCGUUCUAACUAUACGAUUAUCGUGAUUAUUUUUUAAUCGUAAAUUACUCGCCAAUCUUAUUUAAUAACGCCUAACGAAAUCUAGUCUUAUUUAUACUCUUUGUUAAAUCAAAAGUCGUGUUUUUUUCUUUAUUAUUAUUAUUAUUAUUAUUAUUAUUAUUAUUAUUAUUAUUAUUAUUAUUAUAGAUGACGGUUUAUUUAUACAUGUACAUACAUAGUCGUACAUAGUUUGUGUCGGUGAGUGGCGUUUAUGGAGACGUAAUCGAAUGGAAGGAAACGUGUAAACGUUGGUGGAAACAUGUAAUCGAAUGCGUCGAUCGAAAGGACGGAGAUCGUCGCGUUGGCGCCUCGUACACGUCCGAAGAAAACGAUAGGAGAAGGUUGGAAACGAGAAUGAGAAACGAUCAGUACCUGAGACUCGCGGCGCCUCCUUCGAUGGGACGUGCUUUCGUCGACUUUUCGCUUUCACGAUGCCCCGUUUGCGGAUAUCCCACGUGUUCGUAGCGAUUUAAACGAGUUCGUAAACGCGCCGAUGGGUCUCCGUUGUUGGAGGAGAAACUGCGCGUCGAAAACGACGACGACAAGCGACGGAACGAGGGAAAAUGCAACAGGAACCGCCGUCCUAUACCCGUGUCGUUAUUAUCCUGUGCAGCGACAAGCAAAACUAUUUUGUACGUAUUGCCGGUAGCGAGCAGAUCGGUUCUUAUAAUCUGUAAUAAUAAAACGUAAUCGUCACUGA